UAGACACCGGAGGGGGCACCUGGGACCAACUUCGCGGAGCGGGGAGCCCGGCGGGGGGGUGGGGGAGCCAAAGACCUGCGGCCUCAGCCCCUCCGAAGAACCGGGAGAUGACGGGCAAAGCGGGAGAAGCGCUGAGCAAGCCCAAGUCCGAGACAGUGGCCAAGAGCACCUCGGGGGUCGCCCCGGCCAGGUGCACGGGGUUCGGCAUCCAGGAGAUCCUGGGCUUGAACAAGGAGCCCCCCAGCUCCCAUCCGCGGGCCGCCCUCGACGGCCUGGCCCCUGGGCACUUGCUGGCAGCGCGCUCGGUGCUCAGCCCCGCAGGAGUGGGCGGCAUGGGGCUGCUGGGGCCCGGGGGGCUCCCCGGCUUCUACGCGCAGCCCACCUUUCUGGAAGUGCUGUCCGAUCCGCAAAGCGUCCACCUGCAGCCGCUGGGCAGAGCAUCGGGGCCGCUGGACGCCAACCAGACGGCCAGCUCGGAUUCCGAAGAUGUUUCUUCCAGUGAUCGAAAAAUGUCCAAAUCGGCUUUAAACCAGACCAAGAAAAGGAAGAAGCGGCGACACCGGACAAUCUUUACUUCCUAUCAGCUAGAGGAGCUGGAGAAGGCAUUCAACGAGGCUCACUACCCAGAUGUCUACGCCCGGGAGAUGCUGGCCAUGAAAACAGAGCUGCCAGAAGACAGAAUACAGGUCUGGUUCCAGAACCGCAGAGCCAAGUGGAGGAAGAGAGAGAAAUGCUGGGGCCGGAGCAGUGUCAUGGCAGAAUACGGGCUGUACGGGGCCAUGGUGCGGCACUCCAUCCCCCUGCCCGAGUCCAUCCUCAAGUCAGCCAAGGAUGGCAUCAUGGACUCCUGUGCCCCGUGGCUACUGGUUCAAGAUGGCUUUCCCAGGCGCUUUUCUAAACCCGAAUACCAACAAUUCUUUUUAGGGAUGCACAAAAAGUCGCUGGAGGCAGCAGCUGAGUCGGGGAGGAAACCCGAGGUGGAACGCCAGGCCCUGCCCAAGCUUGACAAGAUGGAGCAGGAGGAGCGGGGCCCCGACGUCCAGGUGGCCAUCUCCCAGGAGGAACUGAGGGAAAACAGCAUCGCGGCACUCCGAGCCAAAGCUCAGGAGCACAGCACCAAGGUGCUGGGGACUGUGCCUGGGCCAGACAGCCUGGUCCGGAACACCGAGAAGCCAGAGGAAGAGGAAGCCAUGGAUGAAGAUAGGCCAGCUGAGAAGCUCGAUCCACCGCAGCUGGAGGACAUGGCUUAG